AUGGAAGUAGAGAUACUUUUAAAAAGUUUGGGACGUGUCGGUAGAUGGCAGAUGAUUUAUUACUUUGCAAUCAACAUAUUCUCAUCCGUGCCGAACGCAUGGCACAUGUUGGCCAUCGUCUGGAUUGGCUACGAGCCAGCCCACCACUGCAGACUGCCGCCCGCCAACAACUCAACGACACCAACGAUGCAAGAAUGGAUCCCGUACGACGAACGAACGAAGGAAUGGUCGAGGUGUGAGAUGUUCAUCAACUCAUCCAUCAACAACCUCACUACAGGAUGCAGGCAUGGAUGGCAGUACAAGAAUGUGGACCUUGAAGGACCCACCAUUGUUACUAAGUGGGAUUUGGUUUGUGAGAACAACUUUCUGGCGGAGACCUCCCAAACGAUGUUCGUGAUUGGAAUAAUGACGGGGGCCAUCUUCUUCACCAUUCUCGGAGACAAGUUGGGCAGGAGACCAACCUACCUGAUCUCGCAAAUGGGGUUGGCGAUUGUAGGCUGCCUCACCAUUCUCGUUCCUAAUCUCUACGCUUUCAUGUUUCUUAGGUUCUUGAAUGGAGUUUUUCAACAGGGUUCGCUGCUGGUAGGUUUUGUGUUGAUGUGCGAGUUUUUUUCGGCAGACGAGCGAACGCUGGUUGGUCUUCUUGGCUCCAACUUUUGGGCAUUCGGAUGCGCUGUACUGCCUUUGAUGGCAUACCUCCUCAAUAACUGGAUGCACCUGCAACUCUUCAUUAGUCUCUUCAGUUUCCUCAACAUCCCGCUCUACUUCGUGUUGCCUGAAUCAGUGGUGUGGCUAUACGCCAACGAUAAGAUGGAAAAAGCGAAGAGAAUUUUGAAGCGGGCGGCAAGGAUGAAUGAGGUUGUCCUGCCUGAAAUCGAUUUGCACGUGAAACACAGGUUUUUCGUGACUCUCAUUUACUACGGGCUGUCCUGGAGCACGGCUGAACUUUCGGGCAACAGGUACUUGAAUGCAUUCCUGAAUGGGGCCGUCGAAGUGCCCGCAUACACGACCUCCUACUUCAUCGUUAACAAGUACGGACGGAAGAAGCCGUGCAUCGCCUUCUACGUCAUCACCGGCCUGGCCAUGUUCAGUCUCACAUUUCUUACCAAUACGGAGAAUCAGGCCAUAUUUAUACUGAGUACGAUGAUAAACAUGCUUGGGAAGUUCGGCAUCACGGGAGCAUUCGGCAUCAUCUUCCUCUACCCGGCUGAGAUAUUCCCGACCAACUUGAGAAGUCAAGCGAUUGGGAUGUGCUCGUUUCUGGGUAGGUUUGGAACGCUCUUCGCUUCCUUCGCCUCUUACGUGGCCAAAAUGUAUCCGACAGUUCUGAACUUAUCUUUCGCCUGCCUCUCAAUCGUCUCAGCGGUCCUCGUCCUCUUGCUUCCUGAGAGCCAGCACCGAUCUCUCCCUGAAACCAUCGAGGAGAUCGAGGCCUGGAAGAACGGGCCCACCGUCAAGAGGGGAGGUGCACUGAUUAUUAAGGAUGGUGUGCACGUCUGAUGGGAGGCUGCUGCCUGUAUGAGUGGGGUUUGGUGCAUGCGAUGAUGUAAGAUUCAGGCAAGUGAAGUUUCACUUACACCGAGUAGAUUCAAGUUGAAUUUUGGUUUGUAUCCAGCUGAAACUGCACGUUUAUGCAUUCGUUUCUAUGUGAACGCUAGUUUUUUAUUUUUGCUUUCUCCAUUUUAAAGUGCGGUUUUACGUUUUCAUUAUCAAUCUUUACCUUUCAUAUUAUGCAAUGCUAAUAUUAUCACUGAAUAUGCAAACCACAUUCAAACGCGCAACUAAUAAUUUUCAUGUAACGGCAAAAUUAAACUGCAUGAAUUAUUUUGACUCUGUGCAAACAGCUUGUGCCACAUGUAGCUUGUGUAGAAUUCAAUACUAUUCUCAAAUUUUAUGAAAUAUAAAUUGGGUGCAGUUAAUUUAAUUAAUAUCAUAUUAAUUAGUUUAAAUUUAAUUUUCUCAAUAAGUGUUGUAACGCCGUUUCAAUUUUAAAAAGCAAAACAUGUUUAAUAAUCCAAAAGGGUAAAAUGCAUUUUGGAAGAGAAUGUCAUGAAAAUUAAAUUGUUUAAAAAUGAAGAAUUUAUGUCGGGUUCUUAUUCAAUAAAAGAUUUACA